AUGAAAGUUAAUGAACUUGAAAAUUAUAAUAAAAUUAUUAAGUAAAGAUAUUAUUGUGAAACAGAAUUACUUAUUUAAUUAAAUGAUAUUUAAAAAAUAUAGAUUUAAUUUGGAGAAUAAAUUUUUGAUGAUUUUGAAAAAGAAAAGUAGGAAAAUGAAACUCUUAAAGAAUCAGAAAAAUUAUAAUAGUAUAUUCUUAGUCAUUUUUAACCUUAUUUUGUUAAAUAAUUUUAAAAGUAUUAUGGAGAUAAAUUAUAAAAUUCUUAUUUAUUAAAUGGAAUUUCAAAAAAAUAAUAUAAUGAAUUAUUAUAAUUCAUAGAAAAAGAUAAAUAAAGAGCAACUAGAUCAUUUGAGGCAGUUAAGAAAGUUAUUGACGAUUGUUUUUCUUAAUCAUAAUAGAUUAAAAUAGAAAUAUUUAAUGAUUUUAAAUUUGAUGUUGAUGAUUUGCCUAAAAGUGAAAUUAUGAAUUAAUUUUAUAAGUUUUAUAUUAAGAAUUCAUUAGAUCAUGAUUUGACAUAAGAGGAAUAAUAUAAAUUAGUCAAUCAAAAAGUAUUAGAAGAUGUUAAAUUAUAUAUUUAAGAACAAUAUGAAAUGGCAAAUACAUUUCAAAUACUUAAAUUAAUAGGCGAAUUAAUAUGA